UGCAAAAUAUCUAUUAUUUAGUAACUGUAAUAUAAAAGGUGAAGAAUAGGGAGAGAGGCGUUUUGUUACUGUGACAAUAUACAAAGAUGGGUCGUCUACUAAAUUCGUUGAUUUUUGUGGGUAUGAUCGUCGUCGGACGCUGUGAUGAUCCACAUUGCUGCGUUAGUAGUCAAUUUUCCUCCAGAAUAAGGAUCGAAACAGCAUCCGCCGCAGUGGGUAGGGAACCCCGGAUUGACUAUAACGAUUUUUUCAUGGAUUAUGACAGGGACAUGAAGAUAGAAAAAAUCAGUGGAACAUUAACAAAAGAUGUUGGUGGUAGCACAGAAUCUACUGUAAACUAUACUGUCAUCAAUGACUAUCAGCAUGGAAAGAGUUACAAUUUCGGGAACUUUUUCGGUUACGCAUAUUGCAAUGUAUCGCAAAUUAACGUCAAUGAUAUGAACCCUGGCUGCGUUCCCAAAAGCUUCAACUUAACUGGGACCUUCCGCCUCGGAUCGGGGUCUGACUCCGCAAAGAUAAACGUUUUUGAAGGAAUGGAGGGAAAUGUUCAGCGAACUGUUGUAACAACUGCAAACGAAUGCAACCCUAUAAGUAUGGCCAGUCACGGAGCGUUAGAUGAUGGUUCUUACAUCAAAGAAAACAUGUUCUAUAUCAACUUUGUCCAGAACUCAACAUUCCCUGCAGGAACAUUUACAAUACCAGACAAUUGUAAAACGGCGGGAUAAUUAGUGGAUGACGUUACCACAGUACAUGGAUAAGCAUCAUAAUGAGUUCAAAUACAAGUUUUCUUUGUAAACUGAUCAAGUAAAACUAUAAAUAAACAUAUAUAUUUAA